UAGGAUGUUGACAUUUAAUUUUUCUUUCAUCAGAUCCUUAGCUGUUGAGAUGGCGUCAACAGCUGGAACCACAGGAUGGUUAAGAGGAAAAGUUAAAGUUGUUCCUUCUGGUGAUAGUUUGGUGAUAAUGGGGAGCACCAAGGCGGAAAUUCCCCCUGAGAAGACAAUUACUCUGUCAUCCCUUAUUGCCCCUAGAUUGGCUCGUAGAGGCGGUAUUGACGAGUCAUUUGCCUGGGAGAGCAGAGAGUAUUUAAGGAAGCUUUGUAUAGGAAAGGAUGUCACUUUUAGAGUGGAUUAUACUGUACCAGCCAUAGGGCGAGAAUUCGGCUCAGUUUUCCUCGGCGAUAAGAAUGUCUCAUUGAUGGUUGUUGCUGGAGGCUGGGCAAAGUUGCAUAUGGUCUGUCAUUUUUUGGAUGUUACAAUUCACAAUUUCAUUGUCUUGGCUCUCAGGGCUGCUAUGUAUGCAUCAUUAUUGGUUAUUGUGAAUGAGGAGACAUGGCAGAAGCUAUAA